UUCGCCGGUCGACGGCUGUGCAAACCAUUCACGUCACGUGGAAGAAAAUUUCUGCUUUCUGAGUCCUGACCAUCGCAAGUUCUCAACCGUGCCGCAAUGCAUCUCAUGUAUACUCUGGAUGAGGCUGGGAACCGUAUUUACACACUCAAGAAAUUGACUGAUUCGGGCCGUAUCACAAAGUCUGCACAUCCCGGUCCGUUCACCUCCUUGUGCACGCUAGCCCGUCCCCUUAUCUGUUCUCCCGUGCACUACAGCCCCCGGCGAGACCUCUGUGAUCAUGGCUGUCCUCGCAAUCUCUAUAUCUCUGGCGAAGAAGAGCAAAUGAUGCGCGAGGGAUCAGUCAUGCAGCAACCCAAGAACGAGGAUUCUAUCGAUGAGAACGGGAUCCGAACUACAAUUGAGUAUACCGUGAACGAGGAUGGUAAGAGAGUAAAGAUCAUCAGACGCAGCAAGCGCACACUGCAAAAGUCUGUUGUCGACCAUGCUGUCGCAGAGCGCUUGAAAUGGGCCAAAUUCGGACGAGACAAGGGCUCAGCCAAGGGCCCCGAUCGAGCUACGACUACUGUUGGAGAGGAAGUCUUCCUGAAAAUCAGUGCCGGCAACAAGAGUGCCAGCGACGAUAAAGUGGAAGAGGAGAGUGCGAAGACAAAACUUACCAAGGCUGGUGCUGGCAAGGUCGUGUGUCGGCUGUGUAAGGGAGAGCACUUUACUGCCAAAUGUCCUCACAAGGAGGCUCUGGCUGGUUUGGAGAUGGAUCCCGCUGCUGUCGACGAGUCGGGUGCUGCUGAAGCUUCCGGCCCUGCUCACGGUCUCGCUGGAAACGCUACUGGGAAAUACAUUCCUCCCAGUCAACGCAACCCGCGUGGACCUGGUGCUCCGGGAGCUCCGGGUGCACCGGGAGGUCGCGACGAUCUGCCGACACUCCGUGUCACGAAUCUGUCGGAGGACACGCAAGAAAACGAUCUCAGGGAGCUCUUUGGUGUCUUCGGUCGGGUCGCACGUGUUUACGUUGGUCGGGAUCGCGAGACGGGUGCUGGAAAGGGCUUUGCGUUUGUCAGCUUCGAGGAAAGAUCUGUUGCACAGAAGGCGAUGGAAAAGGUGAACGGCAGAGGUUAUGACAAUCUGAUCUUGAGCGUCCAGUGGAGUCAACCCCGUCCGGAACAGCGAUGAUCUCCAGCAACAUCCUCUUCGCUACGAAUUGUACUCCUUCGCAUGUGUAUUUGACUGUCGUCCCUGUACCUCGAGACCAUACUGUUCAGGCAAGAGCAUGUGCCAUGAAAUAGUGCUCCGUUGAAUCGCAGCCUCUCGUGUAAAAUACCGCUUGGCAACCACCUCCAUUUUGUGAUGACCUAUAGUGAUCAUUUGAGCAUUCAGACCCUCUACGAAGCUUCUUUGAUAUGUG